AUGGAUGUAGACUUGCUGAGACCGGGAACAGUACCAAUAUCACCAGAGACGGUGCUGUGGUUUGAAUUUCUUCUUGAUCCAACUUUACUUCGACGACAUUUAAGUAAAUUUAAUCCUGAACCAACAGGAUGUCAGUUGAUAGAGGAGUUCUUAUCAGUUGAUGCCAAAAAUCAAAAUGCUAAACUGACCAAUGAUAGAAUUGUAGAUGUUGAUGGACCAUCAAGUCCUUCCCCAGGAACUCCAACAAUACUACAAUUUACUAAAAAACAACUCGCUUUGAAGAUUUUAGCACUUAGAGUUGUACCAACAAUUAAUUGGAACCUUGAUAUUUUGGAAAAUAACCUACCACCACACAUACAACAGCAACUAAUGCAGGAUCUAGUUUUUAUGGCAACAGAUGCAACUUUUGCUGUACCCCCACUAGAAAUUCCAACAGAUAUGUUGCAACAGUUACAUGUUCAAUUUGCUCUCAUCUUGUACCACCGAUGGGUUCUCAGGUUUCCUGUAAAAUCAGCACUUUGUAUGAAGUCCUCUAAAUUGCCUUAUGUGCACAUACCAGGAGCUCAAGGCGAGAACCCUUACAAUCCAAUGAGCCAACAUUUUGAGAAGAUUUUAAGAACAUGCGAAACGUCUAGAAUACAAAGUAUUCGGUAUUUGGAGAGCAUACUAGCAUUCUACGAGACAACUAUAGGUCGACGAGAAUCGAGGAGAAUUAAAAUACCUGUUAUGGAAACAUUUGUGCAUCUGACAGAAGAUUCUGAUGAUAUGAAUCAUGACUGGAAUGCUGGAGAUGUUUACAUAACUCAAUAUGAACUAGCAAUGCAAAUACACUUUGACCUGUGUUAUAACUACUUCUUUUAUGGACAGCAUGAUUUAGCCAAGAAACAUAUACUAGGGUGUAGAGAAAAUUUUAUUUUAUUGGAAAGAGAAAUAGCUACUUAUGGCUAUGGAGUAUACAAAGAUUUGCCGUGGGGUAACUUUAAUUAUGCGAGUAUGCGGAAAGACGAUAUAUUGGGCUACAUAAGAGCUUUAAACUUGAGCUACGAACUUUUAAGUGAAGAACCAUCUCUUCUACAGAAACUGCAAGAAUCUAUUGCAAAUCAUUACACAGGCAUUAUUGGGAUCCUUCAAGCUGAUAAUUUAUCUAGAGAAAUACCAUUAGUCCACAGAGAAGUAGUAGAACUUGAUAUACAAGGGUCUGCUUCUAGUGGAGCAUUUACUGUAGCAAGAGAUCUUUUAAAUAGAGUGUCAGUAUUGAAUGCUGUAAGAUAUGCCCUAGAGGGUGGUAUACCUUCCACUCAUUCAGAUUUUUUAAAUAGGUUUAAAACUAUAGGUAUCAAAUACUUUGAUCUCCUCUUUUGGGCUCUAGGGCCAGUUCUAUCCGCAAACUUACCUGAAAAAGACUGGGAGAAUCUUAGAAUAUUCUUCCUCCACUUGGCUACAUCUAAUUGUAAGUUACCGAUAGACAGAAUAGAUGAGUACUUAAAGAAGUAUGCUGGGGAAGCCUCUGAUAGUAUUAGGCGUAAGUUAAUAUGUGACGAACAUCUAGAUGGUAUUUUAAAUGACAUAAAUGCAAUAGAUGAUGAAAAUAUGGAUAUACCAAGGGAACUCCUGACCGACGAUUGGGAAAUGCCGAACUUUGAUUUUAAAACUGUCCCAGAAUUGGAAAUGGGUAGGUUGAAAAAGAGGCUUGUGGAAGCCUCUACAGCAGAAGACAUAAGAAUGCGGUUAGUCAAAUUAGCGGUGAUGUCACCAUCUUCACCGUUGUGGAAGUUGAGUCCUUCUUGGAAACCUCCGGGGGGGUUGGGAAUGACAUUUAUUUCGUUACCCAGAGGUUUUAUGCAGGAUUUUGGGUACAUUGUAUCGGGGCUAGCAAGGGCUCGAGUUGAGGCUGGCUGUUCUAGAACUGCAUUAUCACUACUGUCAGUAUUGGAGAAUGAAGCUAGAAGCCAGUUAGGUGUAGGGUCCGAUCCGACUUUGUAUCGCCUCUGCCGUCAGUUGUCAUGGGAAGUGUUGUUCUUACAAGUAAAUGUGAUGUUAAGUGAGUGGCCUAAUCAUCGUCUGAAUCUGUCGGCGCUGGCUAAUAAAUGUAAAGCUUGCAUCGCUGCAGCAACAUCUGGGGACGGUGUUGUACCACGACCACAGGUAUUGGAAGGCUGUUGGAUUUGUGUCGUGAAUGCUUGUGAGUGGGAAGGUGCCGGGAUUGUGUCGGGGCCUGGUGAGGCAGCAGCUGCACUGUGUGCGGCCUGCUUUGAUCUGCAAAGGGGCAAAGGAGCCAGAAAAUUCCCUAGACCCCUAUGGGACUAUGUUUUAUCAAUAUACAACAACGGCUCUACGGGCCCUGUAAAACGGAACGCCAGCGGUCUCCCAUCGCAUUCUAGGGAUGCGCCAAACGCAGCCGCUGAAGCAAGGAACGCAUUUAACGCGUUUCUGACAACACUUCGCGAACCUUUAGCCGUUAGCGUAAUGCUGUCGCUCCUAGCAAGAAUAUACAACCUCCUUAUAGACGAUAGUAGUUUAGAACUUGUCGUUGAAUACACCACUCUGUGGCCUUCAAACAUGUCGAAUUCGAACAAUUACAAUAUAAAACACAUUUUGGAGUCGAUCACUGAACUAUUAGAGAAGAGUUUGAAGUACUACCCCUACAAUACGUCUUGGCUACGUUUAUACGGGGACGUUGAAAUGGCUUGCAGUAGAUGGUCAGCGGCGUUACGUAGAUACUUGUGCGCUCUAGCAGCAGGCACCUGGCAUUUCGCGAAACGAGCACCGGACGAAGGCAGCAUAGCGCGCCGUGCAGCCCGCUGCUGCCAAGCCUUGUCCUCCCCAGCACAAGCAGCGGCGCUCUGCCAGCUACCAGAAGAGCCUGACUACGCUACAGCUUUCAAAUGCUUCGCUGAAAAGACCAGUAACGCAGCAGAUGCCAUGGACGGCUAUUACGGAUGCCUAUGGGACGGUACGUUACUCGAAGUGGCGGUAGCUCUUCAUACGCGACGCGGGGAGGGAGGGAAGCGGUCCCGCGCAGUCAAAGCCGCCGGAGCCCUCGAACUGAACGCAAACAAUAGCGAGGACAUACAAAGAGAAGCAGCUGCUAUACGACGAGCGAGAAUGCUUCGCGCACUGACGAACCAAUAUGUCGCCUGA